AUGAAGUUCCUCCUCCCCAUUCUUCUCGCCGCCCCGGCUGUCAUGGGCCGAGCUUGCAAGUCAGCACCCAACCUGCUGCCAUCGAGGUCCCCGAUAACAACAACGGCGCCAUCGUUCCCGCCGUCGAGCAGCCUUCUACCGACGAGCAAGACAGCCCUGUCGUCUCAGACACUACCCCCAAGACCACCCUUGUCACCUCUGUGGCUCCCACCACCCCCAGCGCCAGCUCCGUCCCGGAGACUGGAUCUCGGUGGCUCGGCCAAGACCGGCUCCUCCACCUUUUACGGUGGUAACCUCGCUGGUGGAAACUGCAUGUUCUCCACUUACACUCUCCCCUCCGGUAUCUACGGAACUGCCUUCUCUGGCGCCGUCUGGAACAAUGCCGCUUCUUGCGGUGCUUGUAUUGAGGUCACUGGCCCCAGUGGCACCAUCAAGGCCAUGAUCGUCGACCAGUGCCCCGAGUGCGAGGAGGGCCACCUCGAUCUCUUCCCCGACGCCUUCACCGCUGUGGGCGGCACCGACGGCAUCGUCCAGACAUCUUACAAGUUCGUCAGCUGCGGCAUCACCUCCCCUCUGUACCUGCACAACAAGGAGGGAACCUCUCAGCACUGGUUCUCCAUCCAGGUCGUCAACGCCAACGAGCCCGUCACCAAGCUCGAGGUCAGUACCGACGGCGGCAGCACCUGGCAGGAGACUGAGCGCAAGGAUUACAACUUCUUUGAGAACUCUGCUGGCUUCGGUGUCGACUCUGUCGAUGUCAAGAUCACCAGCAAGACGGGCAAGACCGUCACCGUGAGCGGCGUGGGCGUUGAGGCUGGCGCCAAGUACGAUGCCGACUCCAACUUUUAA